CAUGAUAAAAAAGGGCCGUGAAAAAAAUGAUACAGCAGAAUUUACUAAUGAUGAUUUUGAGGGAUUUUGUAUCGAUCUGCUAAAUGCCAUAGCCGAUAUAGUUAAAUUUAAAUACAAAAUUUACCUGGUGCCUGAUGGUAAGUAUGGUGCAAAAGACGCUAAUGGUUCAUGGAAUGGAAUGGUUCGUGAAUUAAUAGAAGAUAAAGCCGAUUUGGCAGUUGCAUCUCUCACAAUAACAUACUUACGAGAGAGAGUAAUAGAUUUCUCAAAACCGUUUAUGAAUCUGGGAAUAUCGAUAUUAUUUAAAAGACCAAAGAGGGAAUCUCCUGGAUUGUUUUCUUUUCUCAAUCCCCUUGCUAUUGAAAUCUGGCUAUACGUGAUCGCUGCCUAUCUUGUUGUAUCGAUGAUCAUGUUUGUACUGGCCAGAUUUUCGCCAUACGAAUGGUACAACCCACAUCCAUGCAAUCCAGAUAGUGAUGAAGUAGAAAAUCAAUUUACUUUGUCUAAUAGUUUCUGGUUUGCCGUUGGAACUUUAAUGCAGCAGGGAUCAGACAUUAAUCCUCGAGCAGUUUCUACAAGAAUUGUGGGAGGUAUUUGGUGGUUUUUUACGCUCAUCAUUAUUUCAUCCUACACGGCUAACCUAGCUGCCUUUUUAACUGUCGAACGUAUGGUAGCACCAAUAGAAACGGCAGAUGAUCUCAUUCAGCAAAACAAAAUUAAAUAUGGAACAAUCGACGGUGGUUCCACUAUGACUUUCUUUAGAGAGAGCAAAAUCAACACUUAUAAAAGAUUGUGGAGCAAUAUGAAUAGUAACAGUAAGCAAGUGUUCGUCAGUAAGAGCGAAGUGGGUAUUGAGAAAGUACUUCAAGGCAAUUAUGCAUUCUUUAUGGAGAACACUAUGAUAGAUUAUGCAGUACAAAGGCACUGCGAUCUGAUGCAAGUAGGAGGUCUCUUAGAUUCGAAAGGGUAUGGCAUUGGGAUGCCCAUAGGUUCAUUUUACAGAGAUCAAAUAUCAAUGGCUAUACUCAAUCUUCAAGAGAACGGUCAAAUACAAGUCUACUAUAAUACUUGGUGGAAAGGAGACACAACUUGUAAUAUGGACGAUAAAAAAGAUUCGAAAGCGUCAUCAUUAGGCGUUGCCAACGUUGGUGGAAUAUUCGUUGUAUUGAUGGUCGGCUUGUGUUUGGCAAUAAUCACAGCCAUAAUCGAAUUCGUUUGGAAUUCGAGGAAGAACGCAAGGCACGAUAGGGUAAAUUCAAUUAUGAUAGAAAAGUCGCGUAAAACUUUUACUCCUGUACAUGCCUAUAAGCAAUCCCUCUGUUCGGAAAUGGGAGAAGAAUUGCGAUUUGCGAUCCGUUGCCACGGUUCAACUAAAAAGCCAGCUCUCCGACGCCAGUGUUCCAGAUGCGUACCGACCGCUCCUGAUGCUUGUACCAUCGAUUCACCGAACGGUAUUAUUCAAUUGAGAGAGUUACGACGCUCUUCCCGGACACAUCACGUUGAUCACUGGCAUUAUCAAGAACCUCCAGAAACGGUUAAUGAAUACAAAGACACUCGAUAG